CACAGGAUCCUGUGGGGACAGCUGAAAUUUUGACAUCUGUCAUUCCUUUGCAUACUUACUUUGCAUGUUAAUCAUGUCAAUUCAGCGACCGAUGCUGCAAGCUCGCACUCUGCGUUCUAGUCGUGCCUUCGAGCAACGAUGAAUGUAACGGGACCGGUGCUACCCCCACCGGGCGAAACAGUGAAUCCUGAUCCUCGGCCAUGGCUUUUCACAGCAAACUGCAUCGCGAUCGCCGUGGGCCUUGCGCUGUGCACGGCCUUUCUCGCGAUUCGGAUAUACACCAAGGCUCGGAUUCUGCGGACGUUCUGGUGGGAUGAUGUAUUCAUUCUUCUGGCUUGGGUCUUUUCCGUCAGCACUCAGGCGGUCAUUCUAUAUGGCUCCCUCGAUGCAGGAUUUGCAAUAGACAUCUGGGACCUAUCGGUCUCAGAACUCGUCACCUAUCGAAAGACCAUUCUUGCCAUGGCAGUGAUCCACAUUGAAGCCCUCGCAUUCGCCAAAUUCGCCGUCCUGAUGCUCUACUACCGUGUCCUCAAGCUCAUUACACCGUGGCGGUACACCCUCUGGGCGGUGGGUAGUAGCAUCGGACUCUACAGUACCAUCCUUGUUUUCAUGCUGAUCUUCGCCUGCGUGCCAAUCGAGGAUGGCUGGUCCCUCACCCGCCCCAGUGCCUGUCGACGGCGAUCGGGCCUCUAUCUGGCCACCGCCAUCGCCAACACGGCCAGCGACAGCAUCUUGCUGCUCAUUCCGAUGGUCUUUAUCUGGGCCUUGAACUUGCCUUUCAUGCAGAAGAUCGGGUUAUUCUGCUUGCUGGGUCUGGGAUGUCUUACGGUCGUCACCAGUAUCGUUCGCCUGGUCACUCUCAUUCCUCUCCUCAAUUCGAAUAACCAACCCCAUAAUAUCGGCCUUGUGUGUCUCUUCAUAGUGCUCGAAGCGAACUUCAUCAUCCUCUGUGGCUCUCUCCCUUUUACGCGCGCAUUCCUACACCGUUACGCCCCGAAAUGGUUCCCCUCGCGCAACGGGAGUCGCGGCGACCGCGAUUACUUGACGGGGACUCCCCCCUCCAGCACGACCUCGCCUUCAAAUAUGACCUCGCCCUCAAUCAUUACCUCGCCAGCUGCAUCAGCGCCGGAAUACCGUCGCAGACCAUCCUACUUCGACAUCGAAGCCAUUUUGAAUGACAUACCUCCGGCGGAAUGCUCCGAAUUUGCUGGUCCGCUGAGAGAGCCCUUGCCUGCGUGGAAGGGGCCGCCACGAAGCGACAUGAUCGAUUGAUUGAAG